AUGAAGUACUCCGUCUUCACUCUUUUCGCCGUUGCUGCCGCUUUCGUCGCUGCUGCUCCCACUGAGCAGGUCGAGAAGCGACAGGCUGGCGUGGCAGUCAACGAGGCUGCCAUGACGGAUGCAAACGGCAACAUCAUUCCCUUCAGCUCCACCGGUGUCUACCAGGCCAACAAGGAAGCCGGUCUCUAA